GGGCGCUGCCACUCAUGACCAUGCCUUCAUCUCUCUCAGCCUUGUCACUGCACCCGAUCUUCGGGCCAGCGGUCAACCUCAUGUCUUUCUCAGGUCAGUCCCUGACUUCAAGCAGUGCAGUCUCUCUCUUUGCUGUAAAUCUUCUCAUAAGUAAUUUCUUACAGACUCUAGCUGACAGUUCUUACAAAGCUCUCAGUGUUGUCAGUGUCUUCUACAGUCUU